UUUUGUUUCAGGAAAAUAAAUAUCAUGGACAAUAUGAUAAUGAUGUUAGAAGCAUAUAGUAAUAACCUCGAGGAACUUGUUGCAAACAGAACAGAAGAACUUGCACAAGAGAAACUCAAGACCGAUAGAUUAUUGUACCAAAUGUUACCACCAUUGGCAGCUGAGCAGUUAAAGCGUGGUGAACACGUGGUACCCGAGACUUUCUCCGAGGUGUCCAUUUUCUUCUCCGAUAUCGUUGGGUUUACAAGUCUGUCUGGAGCUAGCUCGCCCUUACAGGUGAUUGACUUGUUGAAUGACUUGUACACCACGUUUGAUGAGAUCAUUGGCCGACAUGAUGUAUAUAAGGUUGAGACCAUCGGGGACGCUUACAUGGUGUCGAGUGGAAUUCCUAGGCGAAAUGGUAAAAGGCAUUCUGGCGAGAUUGCAAACAUGGCUCUUGACCUACUUAGUGCCGUGACGAGUUUCCGUAUACGUCACAUGCCGGAAGCCAAGUUGCAGCUGCGCAUUGGUUUACAUACGGGUCACUGUGCAGCAGGAGUGGUCGGCCUUACAAUGCCUCGGUAUUGUCUCUUUGGAGAUACUGUAAAUAUGGCGUCACGAAUGGAGUCAACGGGAAAGGGGUUGCACAUACAUGUGAGCAAUGAUUUUGCUGAUGCAGUGAAGGAUUUGAAUUGGGGCUUCCUUUUACUUGAACGUGGAGUUAUUGAAGUCAAGGGUAAAGGACUUCAGAAAACAUACUGGCUUAUCGGCAAAGAAGGUUACACCUCAAAACUGCCCCAAGAGAUGCAACGGUUAGUUUUAAAAUAUAUUUUUACUUUACUUUUAGAAUAA